UGAAAAUUCACAACCAUUGCUAAUGAGUCAGGGAUUGUGCGCCAUUAAAUCUAAAGAAAUCCUCAUAUCUUUAUCUAAGAGUAUGAAACAGUUACAAUCACAAAGAUAUGCUAGCAAGACUUUUGUCUCUAAUUUAGAAGACUAUAUGCAGCAAAUCUUACACCUCAAGCAUGAUCUAGGGCCUAAUCCUUAUAAGGAUAAAGAGUACUGCACUGUUAUCAGAGAUAUGAUGAAUACUAUGAAUACUUCACCUUCCCAAAAAUCUGAGGAUUUUUGAAAAUUAUUGAAGAAAAAUAGGAAUAUAUCAUUACUUUUGAAUGAAAUUGAUCCUUCUCUGAACCCCUUUAUGCUUGAGAUGGACUUCAGUAUGCGAUAUUUAGAAUACUAUAACAAAAAGUAUUCUCACAGGAGGAAAUUUAAAUGGGCUGCUGGAGGUACGAUCCUCUCCAUCACGAUCCUCUACCUGCUAUACUUCCGCAUCAGCUUCUACAUGGAGCACAGCUUCGAUCUCUUCAGGCCUAACAUGCGGACCUUAAUUCAUAGAUUUAAGUAA